GAAUGAGGAGGAGGAGCUUGAGAAACUUUGGAGGUGUGACUAGCACCACCGAGGCGUGGUCAUAGAGCAAGCUCCUCCCAGGGUUGCCGAGCCCAGAAGUAGAAUUAAUGGGCGGGGUUAAAAUGGAACCAACAGCCAAACACAAACUCUUGAGAGAAAGCACUACCAAUUGGACCGGGGUAGAGAGGAGGGGCGUUGCGGAGAAUUUUAGCCAGUAGAGAGUAGAGACCAGUAGGGACUGUAGAAAGUCUCCCAAUAAGAAGCGUGAAGGGAGUGCCUUGCCUCUUUCACUGGGGCGGGAGUAGGGUUUGCCCAAGCCCCCCGGUGCCGGCCAAUGGGAGCGGAGGCGGAGCCAAACUCGGCCAACCAGAAAGCCGAGCUCAUCUCGGCACCGUUACUGAGGCGGGGCGUACGGUCUCCAGGCCACUAAGAUCUCAGCGGGGGAAGGCUCCCGAGCCUUCCAAUGCGGGACGCGGGCGAACUCCGGUUCUCCCAAUCGGUGCGCUGCGCCUGCAAUUCAAACUGACAGCCGGUUGGAAAGGCAGAGAGAGCGGAAGAGGGAGCAAAACGCGACGCGUUCGCUGACAGAGACCCCAGCGCCGACUGAACCCCAAAAGCGACCUCUGCCCCGUCCCAUCAACACCAUCGCGCGCUCCGGAGCGGCCGCUCCGGAGGAGACCUAAGGGGACAGCGGGGGGCACGAGGGAGAGCUGAGGGACCGGGACCAAGAGAAACGGCGCGAGAUCCAGCCAGCACGCUGAGGGCUGGGGGCUGCCAGGAGAGAAGUGAAGCGGGGGCCUAGCAGCGAGCAGAGCGGAGGAGGGAGGGUCCUGGGAGGACUGAGGAGAACCCGGGUUCGUCCGGGUGGGAAAAGCUGAGGGGAUUUCUGGAUCCUGGGAAGAGGAGAAAGAUUUCCAAAGAGGAGGCGUGGGUCGGGACGCGUGGCCGGCGAUCAGAGGACGAGGAAUUGGAGCGCUCCGAGGGAGGGGCUUAGGAGAGGAGCUUUCACGGAGGGACUCUGCAGGAGAAAGCUAAGGGAAUUGCUACAGGGGCGGGAGCAGAAGAGUACAGGAGCCUUUUAGACGCGUGGCUGGGGAGUCUGUAGAGAAGUUCCCAGGCCUUUUGUAGCUCGCCGCCUCCCCACUUCAAAUCCCCCUGCCUUCCCCGAAAGUUAAAAGGAAAGCCACAUUUGCUGCUUCGCCCUGUUCCUACUCAAUAAAUAUCACUUUCACCCUCCCACGGGAAAACAGGAAAGAACUCAUUUCCUCCCCAGUUUUAGGGCUUAGAAAAGGUCGAGGCCUCGCAAUUUGAUUUUUGGCCUGGGGGAAUCCAACUAGGAAAGGUACUGCUCUUGUUUCCUUUUUCAAAACCCCGCACCGCAUCCUUUCCGGGACGCCAUGUCUACCAGCAGUUGUAGUUUCGAGGACCGGUGCGUGUCCAUCCUGUGUUGCAAAUUCUGUAAACAAGUGCUCAGCUCUAGGGGAAUGAAGGCUGUUUUGCUGGCUGAUACUGAAAUAGACCUUUUCUCUACAGACAUCCCUCCUACCAAUGCAGUGGACUUCAUUGGAAGAUGCUAUUUCACUGAAAUCUGCAAAUGUAAACUGAAAGACAUCGCAUGUUUAAAAUGUGGGAACAUUGUAGGUUAUCAUGUGAUUGUUCCCUGUUGUUCCUGCCUUCUUUCCUGCAACAAUGGACACUUCUGGAUGUUUCACAGCCAGGCAGUUUAUGAUAUUAACAGACUAGACGCUACCGGUGUCAACUUCCUACUUUGGGGCAACUUGCCAGAGAUAGAAGAGAAUACAGAUGAAGACACAUUAGAUAUCUCAGCAGAGGAGUGCAUUCGAUGAAUGGGAUUAUGAGAUGUAUAAUAUCCAGACAUUUUCCUAUUUAAAAGAUAAUAUUAAUGGACUGACUUUAAAAAUAUUAGCAAGGAUAUACUACUGAUUUCUCCUUGUUUUGGAAAAAAAAUGAGACAUUUGUUGAUUUAUUUAUUUGCUAUCUCAGAUGAAUUACCUGAAUUUCAUCUGAGUUAUGGUAGUUCUUCUAUGGCUUCCUCCUCCUCUUCCUCUCUCCACCCUCCACCUGGUAUAGAUGUAUUCUUAACUUCAGAUUGGAGGUUAUUUCAUGUGUCACUCAACUACCUGGGGGUGAACCAUGCAUGCAGAUGGCAAGCUCAACUGGGAAUUAAAGCUUAACAGGAAUUUUUUAAAAAACCAAGCCGUUAGGUUUUCAUAGGUACUGGUUAUCCUGUGUCAUACUGGUGAAAAAUCCUUAAAAUGGAGCAGGACUUUGUGAAUCAGCAAAUAGAAUAAGUUAAAACUUUAUAUGGAGAAAUUCUCUUAAUUCCUCAGCACGAUGUUAGAUAAACGAAUUUUAACAACAGAAUUAUCAGCAUAUACUGUUUCCCAACAUGAUUUAUUUACAUUCUUCUGAAGUCAUGCAGUUAUUGUGUUAUGAAAGCAGGGCAACUGAACCUCCAUAUUCUAUUCUCUAGGACUUUUUCUGUAACUAGCAAAUUUUAAAUGAGUAUUCUCACUUCCAACCCUUAAAUAGAAAAAGAACUAAAGAAGUGUUUUGCUUAAGCCAUUGUACAUUAUAAAUAAUGUUUUUGCUUUUGUUUUAAGCUGCAUUCAGAGCCACACAGGAAUAGGAAACUGGGAUAGUAUUGGAUUGUGGUUUUAGGUAUAGCUAAAAUCAGUGUAUUGCUUAGUAAUAUCUCAGCUGUAAGCAUUUUGUCAAUAGCGAUACCUAAACACACAGAGUUGUGGUUUUGUAAAUAAAGUUUUAU